CAUCUCGAUUCUACCGCCAUUUAUUAUCCCCUUCACUAGUCAGUAGUCACAGCUCACAUACAUAGACAUACUGUAGUACUCUCUCUCUCUCUCUUUCUCUGUUUCUGCGUGCGUCAAACACACAAAACGACAACAACCGCUAAAAACCUUACAACAAACAGAUAAAAUGGCAGCAGCAACAACUAAAACAACAUCAAAUUUCCUCAAACCUCCAAAUCAUCCUAAUAACAACCAACCCAUCACAAUCACUAAACCUAAACGACGCAAAUGUCGUGAAACCACAAUCUCAACCUCCGCUUCGACCCGAAUCCAACUAUCCGAACCCGAUUCUCAAUUACCCGAUUCACCUUCCCCUAAUUACACCUUUCGUUACUCUCCCGGUACAUUUUCACCAAUCAUGGAUCAUUUCACACAUUCCUCUUCCCCGGGUCAGGACCCGUUUCCUUCAAGCUUCACUAAAUUCAAUUCAGCACUCACCGCCGGUCUUCUCAACCCAAUGUCACCACCGCCGGAUAAAACCCGAUCCAGUCCAACUCUCUUUGAAAUGAUGGUUAACGAACCCGAUAUUCAUCACAGACCAAAUCAGAUCCCAAACAACAUUCCUACUACUUCUUCUUCUUCUUCUUCGUCGAUUCAGAAACCCCAAAUUGUAGUUCAAGAUCGUGAAACCCUAAUGAUGCAUCGAAUUUCUGAAUUGUUAUCAGCUUCUCGUAGCCCUGGGAAUCACUUCAAUGAUUCAUCUUCGAGUGAUAUUAAGCUUACGUUAAGUUCUAAAGAUGGGUUCAGUGUUUCCAUGAAUGUUCAUCGUCAGAUUCUUGUUGCACAUAGUAGAUUCUUCUCCGUCAAGCUUUCUGAUCGGUGGACACAGCAACAGCAACGAACGGCUUUGCCUUAUCUUGUUGAAAUUGCUGAUUGUGAUGAUGUUGAGGUUUAUGUCGAGACUUUGAGGUUGAUGUAUUGUAAGGAUCUUCGGAAGAAGCUAAUGAAAGAGGAUGUUUCCAAAGUUUUGGGUAUCUUAAAGGUUUCAGCUGCGAUUGGAUUUGAUGCUGGGGUUUUGUCUUGUUUGGAGUACUUGGAAGCAGCACCGUGGGCGGAGGAUGAAGAAGACAAGGUGGCAUCGCUCCUGUCUGAACUUCGUCUUGAAUCUGUUGGUGCUGGGGAGGUUUUGAAGAGGGUUUCUACUGAUGUUGUCAAUGGAAAUGAAGAGGGGAAUGAUAAUGAAGAAGUUUUGCUUAAACUUAUUCGUGUGGUUCUUGAAGGCAAAGAUGAAAAGGCCAGGCGAGAAAUGAAAGGCUUGGUGUCGAAGAUGCUCCAUGAGAAUUCUUCUCAGAAUGAUCUUCGGAAGGAGUCGUUAUACUCAGCAUGUGAUGAUUGUAUGCAGCUGCUUCGUCAUCACUUUUUGCGGGCCGCAGAUUCGGAUCUACAAGAUGUGAGUCAAAUUGCGCGACAAGCAGAUAAUUUGUAUUGGAUUUUGGAUAUUUUGAUUGAUAGACAGAUUGCCGAAGAUUUCCUAAAAGCAUGGGCCUCCGAAUCAGAAUUAUCUGAAGCCCAUUCUAAGGUGCCUGCUGUUCAUAGGUUUGAGGUUAGCAGAGUUACCGCUAGGUUGUUUGUUGGGAUUGGGAAGGGACAGUUGCUGGCUUCUAAAGAUGCUAGGUGUUUACUUCUAAAAACAUGGCUUGUGCCAUUUUAUGAUGAUUUUGGUUGGAUGAGGAGAGCAUCCAAGGGCCUUGAUAGGCAUCUAAUCGAGGACGGUCUUAGUAACACAAUUCUAACUCUACCACUCUCCUGGCAACAGGAAAUUUUGCUUGCUUGGUUUAAUCGUUUCUUGAAUUCCGGUGAAGAUUGCCCAAAUAUUCAAAGAGGGUUUGAAGUUUGGUGGAGAAGAGCUUUCUGGAAGAGGAAUGGAGAGCAAGACCGGACAAGACAAUUACGAAUUACAUCUGCAUCAAUUGAGCACACUUGAAGAUGAUAUUUUUCCACGGUGGAGGAAAUGGCUGCACUAUAUACUUGGUAUACCACGACUUAGUUGUAUGAGUUGACCGAGUUCGAAUGAUCUUUACAUCCAUUGACAUAUUUGGGUUUUUGAUUGGCAUAUAUUCCUAAAUAACAUUAUUGAGCUUGUAUUUGUCAGGGCCUACUAGAUUAAUAUAUUCCACAGAAAGUGUGUUUUCUUCCAGGAAAAUAUCUUUGUUGCUGUCAAACUAAUUUAUGGUAGCAAUAUGUUACCCCUCAGAUAGAAGUCAAUCAGUGUCUUUUCAUUGUUUCAUUGACGAAA